CUGUUACUUAUAGGGCAAAUUUCGUUCCAUCCAGAUGUGAUAGCCCAAGUUAGCGCUCUAAUAUGGGACACCGUCACUGGUGACUGGACUACUGAUCUUCUUGCGUUCUCCAGCCAUGCUGGUCGCCAAAAUGUGAAUGCAGCAGACGUAGCUCUUCUGAUGAGAAGGAAUAAGCAUCUGGUGAGCAGAUUCUUUGCUGUACACUUUUGGAAACAAAGUUUUACUACUACACAUGACGCUGCGCCAUUGCAAUCUGAUAGGUUGACGCCGCUGUCGAAUCUGGACGAAAAUUCUCGCUCUUCACCUUUGGCAGAGAGAAAGAGGCAGAAUGAGAUCGAAGUAAUGGUUUUUGAUGAUAUGGAAGAUACUGAAGAAAAAGUGAGUUCAGUAGAUAGUUAG